AUGUCAACGACUAACGCAUUUGGUGGCUUUUGGAACACUCUCCCGACCCCUCUCACGCCAUGGAUCCUCGAUGUUAUCCAUUCCAUGGGACACACUCAAAUGACACCAGUUCAAGCAUCGACGAUACCUCUCUUUAUGAAACACAAAGAUGUCGUUGUGGAAGCGGUGACUGGCUCAGGGAAAACACUGGCAUUCGUUAUACCUAUCGUGGAACGGCUUAUUCGUCGAGAAAUCAAACUCAAAAAGGAUGAAAUAGGAGCGCUUGUCAUAAGCCCGACGAGAGAAUUAGCUUCGCAAAUCCACGCAAUAUUCUCUCUGUUCCUCACAUCCCAACCUGAGGCUGAGGAUCCUUCACACGCGUCCCAUCCAGAGCCAUUACUUCUCGUUUCCUCCGAACAGUCUUCUCCUCUUCAAGAUGUUCAGAGAUUCACUUCCGCGGGCGCUGAUAUCGUAAUUGGCACACCAGGAAGAAUAGAAGAGUUUCUUUUGGGGAAAGGUCGCGGCUCAGUCAGCGUGAAGGAACUGGAAGUGCUCGUGCUAGAUGAAGCAGACAGACUUCUAGACCUGGGAUUCCAGACAACUCUCACUCGAAUAAUCACACAUCUCCCCAAGCAACGGCGCACUGGGCUUUUCAGUGCUACGAUGACGGACGCCGACGCGCUUUCAGAGCUGGUCCGUGUAGGACUUCGAAAUCCAGCACGGAUUGUCGUCAAGGUUCAGGCUAAGAGGACCAAUACCAAUCCUGCUUUCAAGAAUGGUGAAGUCAUCGAGGAGAGAAGAACGCCUGCUAACCUCCAGAAUUAUUAUGUCAAGUGUCAGACAUCUGAAAAGCUUCUCCAACUUAUUCGAAUACUGGAACACGAAACCAACAAGAAGCAAUCCUCUCAGUUCAUCGUAUACUUUGCUACUUGUGCCUGCGUUGAUUACUUCUACAAGGUUCUGCCCACGGUAGUAUCGUCAGAAAUUAAGUUACACUCCCUGCAUGGCAAUCUUUCUCCUAGCAUGAGAACCAAGACACUUGAAGCGUUCUCGUCUUCGUCGUCUACUUCUGUUCUCCUUGCGACGGAUGUGGCUGCACGUGGCCUAGACCUUCCUCACGUUGACGGAGUCAUCCAAUUCGAUCCGCCAACCGAUACAAAAACCUUCUCGCAUCGAUGUGGUCGCACAGCUCGAGCAGGGAGGAAUGGUACUGCUUGGGUUUUACUUUCGGGGCGAGAGAUCGAGUUCCGUGACUUCCUGAACGUACGCAAAAUUCCUCUGAAAGAAUGGCCGUACUCCCAGGCCAGCCAAAACUCACUCGAUGACUGCGAGACUCAGCUAGAAGACCCAGAGGUCGAAGAAUAUUUCAACCGAAUACGUACCAAACUCAAAAGUGAUCGAGCACUUCACGAUCUCUCUGUGAAGGCGUUUGUGUCAUUUGUAAAAGCGUACUCCAAGCAUGAGGCAUCGUACAUCUUCCGAGUCAAGGACCUUGAUUUAAUUGGGCUUGCGAAGAGUUACGGAUUGCUACGUCUCCCAAAAAUGCCUGAGUUGAAACGACUGGAUCGCAAUGGCUGGGAGGAUGCCGAUGUAUCGUGGGAUGCAUACCAAUAUGCAGACCCAGCACAGGAGGCAAAGCGGAUCGCCGAAUUCUCACAUGCAAGCGAAGAAAGGGACAAAGACCGCGAGCGACAACGUGUACAACGUCUCGCGAAAAGGCAGGAAAACGCUGCUUGGAGUUUGAAGACGGAAAAGAAGGAAGAGAGGGAGAAGCGGAGGGAGAAGAAAAGGCUGAAACAAAAGUGGAUGAAAUCACAAGUGGCCCAAUCGGCGUCAGCUGCUGGCUUCAAUGCCAGUGGUAAAAGACCAAGAGAAGUGGGCGAGGGCGAGGAGAUCGAGGACGACUGGGCUGAGCUAGCUCGAGAGGAGAAGAUGGCCAAACGGGUUCGGAAGGGUGUGAUGUCUCAGAAGGAGUUUGAUGCAGAGUUCGGUGACCUUGACGGCUAG